CUUUGGAAAGAACUGCAGUGAUUUUCUUUAGGAAGCAGAGAAAAAAGAGCUCAAUCGGUGUGCCUGAAAGGAGCGGGAGAAGGUUUCUCGAGGGGCAGAAUCAAGAAAGCCCAGGCCCUCUACUCUCCCUCUCUGUCGGUUCGCAGAAGGCCAGAAGAAGGGAAAUCCCUGGGGACUCUCGGCUCUCUCUCUCGCUCAGUUCGUAUGGGAGCUCCAGGCGGAAACCCCCUCUCCUCUCCGUCUCCCUUUGUUCGGACUAGACCCGACGCCCUAAACUCCCCUCCGUUCGCACGCUAGGAAGCCGAGCCCCUGCUCCCGUCGCUCUUCGCAUGCAAGAACUGUACUUGGCUCUCUUCCGACUUGCCCUAACUGUCGGCCUCCUUUUGCAAGCAGGUUGCCCCAUUUCCACGGAGACGUGACAGCGAUUGGCGAGCUUGGAUGAAGACGAAGAGGUGCUUUCGUGGUCGGUUUGCUUUUAAAGUCGCACUUUUGGGAUUUUUGUCCGAUCGUCAGGUUGAAAUUGAUACAUCGGAGACCGAUUUGUGCCCUCUUUUCCUCCCAUAUCUGUGAAUCGUGAUCGGGGCGGCUGGGGUUUUCGGUUUCAGACAGGUUUUGAUGACGAUAAAUUCGAUAACUUGGACGUUAUUUGAGUGGGGAAGUGGAUGAUUUGCUUGCUGGUGCAUGUUUUCCGUACCGUGAUUAAUCAAUGGCAAGGGGACUGCGUGGUGAGCGGAGACUCAUGGGAACUUUUCUUGGUGGGUUCGUCCUACCUCUGCUUCUUCUUGGAGCUUCUUUACUUGAUUGGAGUUUGAUCUCUCUUACCAAUUUAUUGAUCUUUUUGGCUAUUCAGUUGAGUGCUGCAAACAGAGGAUCCAAUUCUUGGAGGGUGUAUAUUUUAUUGUGGUGUACAAUUUUCUUUUCAUUUAUUGCUAUAGUAGCUCAGAUCAUUUUCAGUAGUAUUUGGUGCAUUGAAGGAAAUGACUGGAAGGUAGCUGAUACUUGGUGGGCAAAGGUAAUCGGUUUUGUGAGGAUUCAACCAAUGGGAUCGAGAUCUGUAAUUUUCUUUAUAGUUAUACAACUCUCUGUUGGGCUUAUUGCUUUUGUUGAAGUUCAUGGAAGCAGUAAUGAUCGAGGUUCUUGUUGGUCAAACUUCUCAUCUACUGUUGAGCAAAUAGGUUCUCCCAUAAGGAUUGCGUGCUGCUUACUGCUGCCUGCCAUCCAGCUAGUUGUUGGAAUCAGCCAUCCCUCGUGGAUUUUUCUUCCAUUCUUUGUUUGCAGCUGUGUUGGUCUUGUUGAUUGGUCGCUUACAAGCAACUUUCUUGGCCUUUUUCGGUGGUGGAGGAUUCUUCUAUUUUAUGCGUGCUUUAGCAUUUUUCUGUUUUGUACAUACCAACUGCCGCUUAAGCUCCCAGCUAUGGCAAUUACAGUUGCUGAUUUCAUUGGACUAUACAAAAUUGAUAUGAAACCAGAGUUGCCAGAGCUUUGUUCUAGCAUUUCUCUUAUAGUUUUCUUUUUAAUGUUGUCAUCCAUCAAGUGCAAUUUGGAUGAAAUGGAUUCUAUGUUGACCUUGGCAGAUAAUACUCUUGCCGAACGACUUCUUCCUCCAAGGCACUCUUUUUUUAUAAGAGAAUUUCCAUCUGGUGUAAGACAUACAAAUGCUCUUUUGAGGGGGCUUGUAUUCCGGAUAUUCAGCAUCAAUUUCUUCACGUAUGGGUUUCCGGUCCUGCUGAUUGCUCUUUCUUUAUGGAGCCUCAGUUUUGCCAGUAUAUGUGCUUUUGGUUUGCUAGCAUAUGUGGGCUAUGUAUUGUUUACAUUUCCCUCCUUGUUCAAGUUGCACCGUUUGAAUGGUUUACUUCUUGUGUUCAUUCUUCUUUGGGCUGUCAGCACCUACAUUUUCAAUGUGGCGUUCACAUUUCUCAACAAGGAACUAAGAAAGGAUAUGGAGAUUUGGGAGACAAUAGGAUUGUGGCAUUACCCUAUACCUGGAUUAUUUCUGUUUGCUCAGUUCUGUCUGGGGGUUUUUGUCUCCAUCUGCAACCUAGUCAAUAAUUCUGUUUUCCUCUACCUAAAUAAUGAAGGAAGGCAGUCAUUGAAUGACGAUAGUUCAUUUGAGGAUAAAGAAGACACGAAAGUGCUUAUUAUUGCUACAUUAGCAUGGGGCUUGCGCAAAUGCUCUCGUGCAAUUACAUUGGCACUUAUAUUUCUUAGAGCUACAAAACCUGGUUAUAUUCAUGCUGUUUACUUGUGCUUCUUUUUGUUGUACCUACUGAGCCAUUCAAUCACCAGAAAGAUUCACCAAGCUUUAAUUCUCUUUUGUGGGGCACAUUAUUCUCUGCUGUAUCUCCUGCAGCUGGACCUAAUCUCGAAGACCUUGGAGCAACGUGGUUCUAUGACCAUUUUAGUUUUGUCGCAAUUAGGAAUCACAACCCAUACUUCUUCCAGGGAUUUUAUAGAGAUCAGUGUACUGUUAUGCUUUUGUGCGAUCCAACACCAUGGACUGAAGAUGAUUGUGUCAUUAUCUUCUAUUGUGCAACAUACUCCUCAUCCUCCCUUUGGUUUUAGCAUGUUGAAAGCUGGUUUGAAUAAAUCUGUUUUGUUAUCAGUUUAUGCAGCACAAAACUCCUGGGAUGGCCCAUCUCCUGGUACCUCACAUGAGAAGUUGAUAGCAUCUUACCUGAGUAAAGUUAGUCAGAAAUGCUUGUCUACUUAUCGUUCCUAUGGAACAUAUGUGGUUUUCUUGACCAUCCUUCUUACAUUGUACCUUGUUACACCGAACUAUUUAUCGUUUGGCUACCUUUUUUUCCUUCUCCUUUGGAUAAUAGGAAGACAACUUGUUGGGAAAACCAGAAGACGACUUUGGUUUCCAUUAAAACUUUACUCAACUAUUGUUUUUGUUUUUAGCUAUGUCUUGAGCACGUCAGAAAGUCUUGAGAGUUAUUUAUCAAAAUGGAUUGAUCUUUAUGCUUAUUUGGGUUACAAUCCUAAAUCAUCGUUGGUAGAGAAUAUUUGGGAAUCCUUGGCUGUUUUGAUUGUAAUGCAGCUUUACAGUUAUGAAAGAAGGCAGAGCCGAUAUAAUGGGAUAUUUGAGAUAUCUGAUGCAUCUGAAACAGGGUUUCUUGGGUUUGUGAGAAGGUUUCUGAUAUGGCAUUGUGAAAAGAUUUUAUCUGUGGCAGUUUUUUAUGCUGCUUUGUCUCCUAUUAGCGCAUUUGGAUUUCUUUAUUUGUUGUGUCUCAUCAUUUGUUCGAUUUUACCAAAGACCUCUCGGAUUCCAUCAAAGCUGGUCUUACUUUAUUCAGGACUUCUUGUGAUGUCUGAAUAUCUAUUCCAGUUGUGGGGCAAGGAAGCACAUAUGUUCCCAGGUCAAAAGCUAUAUGGUUUAUCUCUUUUUCUUGGUCUUAGGUUAUUUAAACCUGGAUUUUGGGGAAUUGAGUCUGGUUUGAGAGGAAAUAUUAUGGUUAUAGUGGCGUGUACCCUUCAAUACAACGUUUUCCACUGGCUAGAGAAGAUGCCAAGCUGUCUAUUAAAUAAUGGGAAGUGGGAGGAACCAUGCCAGUUGUUUGUCGCUACUGAACAUGAUUCAGAAAAUCUCCUCGAUCGUGAUGAAGAAAAGACACCAUUGGUAGAUAGCAGUCCUCUUUGUUCAAAAAAAGUGGGUGUUUUCAUCAGCUCCAAAAGUUAUCAAACAUCAGAUCCAGGUCCUAGCAUGAGAAGUUCAACUAUUUGCACAAAAAAAUAUUCACUUGGUUAUUUAUGGGGUAGUUCGAAAGAGAGUCAUAAAUGGAACAAGAAAAUUAUUCUUGCUUUGAGAAAGGAGAGGCUUGAGAUGCAGAAAACUACCUUGAUUAUAUAUAUGAAGUUUUGGAUCGAAAAUAUUUUCAGACUCCAUGGUCUUGAGAUCAACAUGAUUGUAUUGCUUGUGGCAAGUUUUACGGCAUUGAAUGCCAUCUCAUUGUUUUAUAUAACAUGUCUUGUCAUAUGCAUCUUUUUGCAACGAGAUACCAUCCGAAAAUUGUGGCCAAUAUUUGUUUUAGCAUUUGCUUCUAUCCUUGUGCUCGAAUAUUUUGCCUUUUGGAAAAAUCGUAUUCCUUGGAUUCAUUUUCCAGUGGAUGCAAGGGUCCGUUGCCAUGACUGCUGGAGUAGCUCUAGUCUUUAUUUUGACUAUUGCACAAAAUGUUGGCUUGGGAUAGUUGUCGAUGAUCCAAGAACACUUGUCAGCUAUUAUUUGGUAUUUAUUUUUUCCUCCCUUAAGCUCCGUUCAGAUCAUUUGAAUGGCUUUUCAGAGUCGCAUACCUAUCACCAGAUGAUGUCUCAAAGAAAAAAUGCAUCAGUUUGGAGAGACCUGUCAUUUGAAACUAAAAGCUUCUGGACCUUCCUUGAUUAUAUGAGGUUAUAUCUAUAUUGCCAUUUGUUAGACAUUGUUCUUGCCUUGAUUUUGAUUACUGGAACAAUGGAAUAUGAUAUACUUCACCUCGGCUACCUUGGAUUUGCUCUUGUUUACUUUCGAAUGAGGCUUGAAAUUUUGAAAAAGAAGAACCAAAUUUUCAGAUAUUUGCGCAUUUACAAUCUUAUUCUUAUUGUUCUUUCUCUAGCUUAUCAAUCUCCUUUUCUUGGGGAUUUUAGUUCUAGUAAAUGUGGCGCUGUGGACUAUAUUUAUGAGGUUAUUGGUUUUUAUAAAUAUGAUUAUGGGUUUGAAAUUAAAUCGCGGUCUGCACUGGUUGAAAUUAUCAUUUUCCUCCUAGUUUCCAUGCAAUCAUACAUUUUCAGCUCCAAAGAAUUUGAAUAUGUUGCGAGAUACCUUGAAACUGAGCAAGUCGGUGCUAUGGUACGAGAACAAGAAAAGAGGGCUGCACGGAAAGCCGCCCAGUUGCAGGAUUUUCAUAAAUCUGAGGAGGACAAGCGUCACCGCAAUGUGCAAGUGGAAAAAAUGAAGUCAGAGAUGCUCAACUUGCAAACCCAACUUAAAUUUAUGAACUAUUCCGGGAAUGUUACUGAUGUUUCUGCACACAAUGAGGGUCUACGUCAAAGGAGAUCUUUUUCCCAGAAUAUCGGCAAUUGUGAUAAUGGAUUGGAUAAUGAGUUUAAGUCAACCAUGUGGGAUCAGGAAGUUAGUGGAGAGUUAGAAAGUUCCUUCUACUUUCCUGCAUCGAAUGUAUUGAAGAAUGGUUCGCUGACUCCAGAAGCUUUAGAUAUCGAUGGUUCACCAUUCAGUGCAAGAAGGCAUAGCUCAUUGACAAUGGAAUUGUUGAAAGUUCCUUCAAAAUCCAUCUCUGAGAUAAGUGAACUCCCUGAAAGAUAUGCUAAUAUUGAAGCUUGUGCGGAUCAAAGCAGGAAAAGGAAGGGUGUGGAAAAUCCAUUAGUUUCUGCUGUGCAGCUAUUGGGUGAUGGUGUUUCUCAAGUCCAAUCCCUGGGAAAUCAAGCAGUCACAAACAUAGCAAAUUUCUUAAACAUUAAGCCUGACGAAAAUGAUUCAAAUGACCAUUCUUUGCCAGAAGAUGAGAUAUAUUAUGAAAUAGAGAGCCAGGAAAAUGCAGCAUCUGGUUGUUUGGAUAGAAAACCUUCUGCUUUCUCUAAUUCUGACCAAACACCACCAGCUAGCUUGCAGGUUCGAAGAAUAUUUCGUUAUAUAUGGUCACAAAUGAGAUCAAAUAAUGAUGUUGUGUGCUAUUGUUUCUUCGUUCUUAUCUUCCUUUGGAAUUUCAGUUUACUCUCUAUGAUCUACCUCGCAGCACUUUUCCUAUAUGCUCUUUGUGUAAAUUCAGGUCCUAGUUAUAUUUUUUGGGUGGUUAUGCUAAUUUACACAGAAAUCAAUAUACUUCUCCAAUACUUAUAUCAGAUUAUCAUCCAACAUUGUGGCUUAAGUAUUCAUAUAGACUUAUUGCAAUUGUUGGGAUUUCCUGAGAACAAGAUAAAAACAUCUUUUGUAAUUAGUACACUUCCACUUUUCCUGGUGUAUGUUUCAACCCUUCUUCAGAGUUCAAUAACUGCUAAAGAUGGUGAGUGGGCACCGGUAUUGGAGUUUAAGUUCUUACAUAGAAGAAAGCAUAAUCCAGAGGAAAUCACUGUUAGCUAUAGUUUUAGAGAGAAACUUAUGCAGUUAUUCUUCCCAUUAACAAACCUUGCAAAACUAAUAGCAAGAAGUUUUUCAAGAUACUGGAUGUCUCUAACAAGAGGAUCUGAAUCUCCUCCAUAUUUUGUGCAAUUGUCAAUGAUGGUUAAUAAGUGGCCAGAUGAUGGCAUUCAGCCACAGAAGAUAGAAUCAGGAAUUAAUAGGUUGCUCAAGAUAGUUCAUGAAGACAUAUGCCAUGCUAAUAUUCCUAAUUCAAGGCAUUCUUCUAGCAGGGUACGAAUUCAAAGCAUCGAGAGAAGUCAAGAAAAUUCAGAUAUUGCUCUUGCUAUUCUUGAAGUCAUGUAUGCUUCCCCUUUAGCAGAAUGUCCUGCAGCGGAGUGGUAUUGGUCAUUGACUCCAGCUUCAGAUGUUGCCAAAGAGCUUCUUUUGGCACAGAGUUCGGGAAUUUUUGAGGAGAUUGGUUUUUCAUAUCCUGUUAUCUCAGUGAUUGGAGGUGGCAAAAAAGAAGUGGACCUUUAUGCAUACAUAUUUGGUGUAGACUUAACAGUUUUCUUUCUGGUGGCUAUUUUCUACCAAUCGGUUAUAAAAAACAUAAACAAACUUCUUGAUGUUUAUCAACUAGAGGAUCAGUUUCCGAAAGAGUUUGUUUUCAUUUUAAUGGUCCUCUUUUUUCUAAUUGUGCUCGACCGCAUUAUUUACUUGUGUUCUUUCACCACAGCAAAGAUCAUUUUGUAUCUUUUGAAUAUAUUCCUCUUUACAUACUCGGUCACUAGAUAUGCUUGGUACAUGCAACCAUCCCACAAGCGCAUUGGAGGUUUUGCCCUUCGUGCCAUUUAUCUCACGAAAGCAGUUUCCUUGGCACUGCAAGCAGUGCAAAUUCGUUAUGGCAUUCCGAAUAAAAGUACUUUGUAUAGGCAGUUUUUGACUAGUAAAGUUUCACAAAUUAACUAUUUGGGAUUCCGGCUCUAUCGCGCUCUUCCUUUUUUAUAUGAACUCAGAUGCGUACUAGACUGGUCAUGCACAACUACUUCUCUGACUAUGUAUGAUUGGCUAAAGUUGGAAGAUAUUUAUUCAAGCUUGUUUCUCGUUAAAUGUGAUGCUGUUUUAAAUAGAGCCUCUCAUAAACAAGGACAAAAGCAGAGCAGAAUGACAAAAUUCUGCAGUGGGAUAUGCUUAUUCUUCAUAUUGAUAUGUGUCAUUUGGGCCCCUAUGUUGAUGUAUAGCAGCGGUAAUCCAACAAAUAUUGCAAAUCCUAUUAAAGAUGUAAGUGUUCAUAUUGAUAUUAAAGCAACAGGCGGAAGGCUCACACCAUUCCAGACUGCUCUUUGUGAGAUACUUCCGUAUCAAUCUUUGGAGCUUUUUGAUAAGCAUUACCUGGAAACGUUCAAUGUACAAGACAUACAGUUGAUCUGUUGCCAAUCUGAUUCCAGCACGAUGUGGCUGGUUCCUCCUGUGGUUCAACAGCGAUAUAUCAGAUCUCUGAACGGUACCUUGGAUUUUAUUUUCACAUGGGUUUUUAUGAGGGAGAGACCUAAAGGAAAGGAAGCUGUUAAGUAUGAAUCAUUUGUUGAACAAAGCCCAGAUGAUUUGAAGCAAGUUCUUAAUGGAACAGAAAAAAGUAUUAGAUUCCUGAAUGCAUAUCCUAGAUAUUUCCGAGUUACCAGUUCUGGUGAAGUGCGGCGCCUUGAGCAGACUGACAUUUCUGUGAGCGGGGAUCUUUUUCUCAACCAUGGAAGUCCGUCAUGGUGGUCAUUUCAUGAUGCCAAUGCCUUGCGCAAAAUGGAAUGUGAAGGGAUGAGUGGACCACUUGCUAUUGUUGUUUCUGAGGAGACCCCACAGGGCAUUCUUGGUGAAACCCUAAGCAAGUUCAGUAUAUGGAGUCUUUACAUAACUUUUGUUCUAGCAGUUGGCCGUUUUAUCAGACUGCAGUGCUCUGAUAUAAGAAUGAGAAUACCUUAUGAGGAUCUCCCAUCUUGCGACAGGCUGAUUGCUAUCUGUGAGGGCAUUUAUGCUGCUCGAGCAGAGGGUGAGCUGGAGGUCGAAGAAGUUCUUUAUUCGACACUAGUGAAGAUAUACAGAUCUCCUGACAUGCUUCUUAAAUAUACUAAUAAACUGAACUAGUUGUUUGGAAUUACAGUUUCUGAUUUAUUUUUUAGUGGUGGAUCAAAAGCACUAAAGAUGAGAUGAACUUUGCCUGCUAAGAUAACAAAUUACAGUUUUGUGGGGCUUAUUUUGCAAAGCUCUCUUCAUGCAGAAGUCAAGGUGGCUUAUGGUGAACGGACGCAGAGCUACGUUUGGCCGGCACUAAGAUCGCGCCACAUAGCAGGUACAAAACUGCGAACUCGAUCCGGCGAAUGGUGGGUAUGUCACACGUGCGUUUUUUAAAUCCAUGGCAACCCGGUAUUGCUAGGUAUUGCUCGGUAUUUUUGUUUAUAGGUGUCAAUUUUGAUUUUUUUUAUGGUUAUUGUGUUUCUGUGUUUUUAAAAGACUGUUUAGAAUAAUGCUGAUCAUUAAUUUUUGUUAUAAUUUAUUGGUCAUUAAGAUGGUAUCUUCUAAUUUUUAUUGUAAGUUCUGUAAUUCAAGGAAGAAAAUAGUGAAGUUUUGGAUGAUUAUCUUCUCAUGGCUUGACCUGAAGUAAUUGUGGUCAAUUAUUGUAGCCCAAUUCAAUUUUA